AUGUUAACUGAAUGGUUCGAGGCUAAUUUGAGACAUGAAGAGGCCAGACACCUCACAUACUGCGAUUUCCCCAAGGAGUGGACAUGGGAUGCCUCAAACCGAUUAUGGAGGAAAAGGUCACGUUGCGCUAAGGUUGGUCGUAUGUACUAUGUGCACCCUGCAUCGGGAGAACUGUAUUACCUGCGCAUGCUCCUGAUGAUUGUCAAGGGGGCCACAAACUAUGCUGACGUCAGGACAUUUAACGGACAUGUGUACUGUACAUUUCGUGCUGCAUGUGAGGCUUGUGGUUUACUUGAAGGUGAUAAUGAAUGGAUCCUUUUGUUCGACGAGGCGAUUGUGUCCGCAUCUGCGUACCAACUUAGACAGUUGUUCGUCACUGUGGGAAAUAGCAUACAUGCUACGGUAUACCCACCCUUCAUAGAGAAAUUCAGGCCACUCAUAAAAGAAGGCAGCGUGUACAACAUGACAUACUUUCGAGUUCGAGCAUCGAACAACUUGUACAAGCCAGUUCCAAAUGAUAUCAUGAUUACCUUCACGAAUUGGACAAAGUUAGAGCAGGUUAUUGAGAUUCCUCCUGCAUUUCCUACACUUACCUACUCCCUCACUCACAUAGAGCAGAUCCAUUCGCGCAUCGACCAUAAAGACUACUAUACAGAUGCCAUUGGGAUAGUUACUUCAGUCUCGAAUGUUUCGCCACAUCGCUCCAAAGGACAACAAGCUUCCAACUUGAAGAGGAACAUUUCCAUAUGCAGUGCAAGAGGUGCUUCGGUCAAUGUCGUGUUGUGGGGUGCCCAAGCCACCCUAUUCCCAGGAGAGCGCAUAUAUGAAGAUGGGCAGAAUUCCCCACAAAUUGUGCUAUUUGUUGGCACACUCGUCAAAAAAUAUGCAGAUGGGCUUUGUCUGACUGGAGGCUCACCAUGUAAGUGGUACAUCAAUCCAUCCAUUCCUAAGGCAGAACCCCUUAUGUCCAGCGCACGAGGUGAUCAUAAACCAGUGAAGUGGAAUGCAACUGUUACUUCGAGCCAGCUUAUAUCUCCUGUUGCUGAGGAGCAAAAGGUGUCGUACAUCAAGUAUCUCCAUCCCUUUGAAAACAAGGGAAAGGAAUUCUUGGUUACAGUCACUAUAAGGAAAAUUGAUAAUUACCGAAGCUUCAUGAAUGUUGCCUUCGUCGUCACGUACGAGCAGCUUUAG